AUGCCUGAGCCACAGCCACUAAUUAUGACAGAGCCAAACAUGUUUGGGAUAUACCAGCAGUACAAGACACUACCAUCAGUGGAUCCUGAUGAUGCGUUGACUAUAGCGGACCUUUGUGAUGCCCCUACAUUUUCCCUCCCUCCUGAUAUCCUCAAGCAAUGUUCCCCGCUCUGUGUGUAUGGCACACAUGCUACAGAUAAUAUUCAACUCUCAUUGAAGGAUCUCUUGAAUAUAUCUGAAUUGGAUUCUUCAAGCUGGUUUGCAUCCUUCAUGACUCCAACAAUGUGCCGGCUUAUGCACUGGUUCUACUCUACCACUACAAAGACUUUGAGUGACCUCAACCGUCUCAUUACCGAUGUUUUGCUUGCACCAGACUUUUCAGCCUCACAUCUGAAGGAUUUUAAUGCCAACUGUGAAGCAAAACGACUGGACUCUGAUUCAUUGCCAGCAUUUGUAGCUGAUGGAUGGAUCCGUGAUCAUGUUAUGCUUCAGCUUCCCCAGUCAGGUGUAUGUCAUGCAUCUGAAGAUGAUGCACCUUCCCUUGAUAUUCCUGAUGUUUGGCAUCGCUCGCUACUGGAUAUUGUUCGUUCUGCCUUUCAGGAUGCGUCUUCACUCUGUUUCCAUCUCAAGGGAUUCAAGGAAAAUUGGCUACAACCAGACAGUCAUACUGAACGUGUUUACAGUGAGGCCUACACAUCAGAUGCCUUCUUGGAGAUGGAAGAUCAAAUUAUUCCAGAGCCAGGCUGUAUGUUGGAGACUGUGGUGGCACCUAUGAUGGCUUACUCAGAUUCGACAUGUCUUGUGAACUUCGGAACUGCUUCACUCUGGCCUGCAUAUCUCACAUUCAGACUGAUGUCGAAGUACGUGCGAGCAAUACCAUCAUUCUUUCAAAGCCAUCACCUUGCGUAUUUUCCUGUGUUACCAGAUAAUAUUCAAGAUGUCUACAUGAAUACCUUUGGAUCCCCAGCAUCGAAGGAAACACUUACUUUCUUGAAGUGUGAACUUAUGCAAAAGAUCUGGAAGCUUCUCCUGGACCCAGAAUUCAUGCAUGCAUAUGUCCACGGCAUUGUUAUUGAGUGCGCAGAUGGUAUUCUACAUCGUAUCUACCCUCGGUUUUUUACAUACUCGGCAGACUAUCCAGAGAAAGUUCUUCUCACCAGCAUCAAGUACCUCGGUCGUUGCCUGUGUCCACGUUGCUUAAUAGUCAAGGAACGGAAUGCAUUCUCUGAAGCUCUAUUGCCUCUUGGGUUCAAUUUUUAUCAAAUGUUUGUACCAGACUUGAUGCAUGAGUCAGAGAGUGGCAGUUGGAAAUCACUGUUUACCCAUCUUGUUCGCAUUUGCCAUGCAAUUCCUGGAGCAAUUGAGAAAUUGAAUAAGCGAUAUCGUUUAAUACCCACAUUUGGACGUUCCACAAUUCACAAGUUCAGUAAUGAUGUCUCAGGCCAAAAGAAGUUUGCGGCUCGAGAUUAUGAAGACAUACUUCAGUGUUCCUUCCCAUGUUUUGAUGGAAUUUUACCUGAUGCCAAGGACAACAAAAUCAUCAUGGACACCGUCUUUGCAUGGGCCACAUGGCAUGCUUUUGCAAAGGCAUGGAUGCAUACAGAUUCAAGCCUCGAGGCUCUGCAAGGGGUUUGCCUGAACUUCCAUACAAGAGAGACACCCGCCGAAAUGGCAGCUCAAGUUAGGAGACUUGUUUGCACUGCCAAGAAGACGAUGGCAUCCACUGGAAAAGCCUCAACUAGGAGUAUCUACAAGUCCAUCAAGGCAUUCAAUCUUCACACAUACAAAAAUCAUGCAAUCAGUGACUAUAUCUGGAGCAUUCCAAAAUUUGGUACAGCUGAUUCGUACAGCACGCAAAUAGGAGAACAGGAACACCACCAUGUCAAGCUGUUCUAUGCUCGAACAAACAAACAGGGACAUGUCAAGCAGAUUGCCAUACUCGAGUGGCAGCAAAGGCAUCUACAUCAUAUUCUCGCACAGCGGAUAUCCAAAAUCAAGGCAAGGCCCAAGAAGACAUCAAGUGUGAUAAUCAACCCGAAUGAGAAGGAUCCAUUGCCCCAGGGACAACCAGAAGAUCAUUAUCAGAUGUCCCUGUCGAGGAAUUAUCCCCUGAACCUUCAUCACUGGCUUGCAGAAAAUGAGGGCAAUCUUGCUAUUGAUUUCAUCCCAAAGCUCAAAGAACACAUCCUUCGCCAUCUUCUCAUCAACGAGACUGCUCAGGAUGAUGAUAUAACUCCCAAGCAGCUUAGCAACCUACAUAUUGACUCGAUUAAUCCUCGGACAUGCUCAGAUGUCAUUGUCCUCACUAACAACUCAGAUCUGAAUGAUACACAUCCAUAUUGGUAUGCCCGGAUCAUUGGCCUUUUCCAUGUGGAGGUUCAUUACAACGACCCUGAAGGAGACUUAGAAGACCAUAAAGCAAAGUGUCCUCAUCAUGUUGAGUUUGUGAAUGGAACCGAUCCCGAGGCUUUUGGUUUUCUAGAUCCAGAUGACAUUAUCCAUGCCAUCCACCUUAUUCCUGUCUACAAGCUUGGUCAGACCACUGAAUUCUUACCGCCGUCAAUCACCCAAAGGCCUGAAGAGAAUGAUGAAGAUUAUGAAUGGUAUUCAGUUGACAUGUGGGCUGAUCAUGAUAUGACAUUUCAGUAUUGUGGACUUGGUGUUGGCCACCAGGCAACCUGGGAAGCAACACACAUCUUUCGAGAGGACCUUUGUAGGGCCUAUAAUCUCUCACCAGAUGUCUUCAACCUUGGGGAGGACAUAGACAUGGGUUCGGACUCGGAAUUGGAAGCAACCACAGACGAGUCAGACUCAGAAAUGGUGGCUGAUAUGAUGGACGAGUCAGAAGUGGAUGCAGACAGUGAUGAGGAAGCAGAAGUUGAGGAUAGGUCAGAUGAUGACAAAUGGGAAACAGACGAAGAGCCUGGUGACAAUGACGAUGAUGCAGAGCUGGUCAAAGAAGAUGAGAACCAGUGGGAGACAGAUUUGGAAGAGCCUUCAGAGGAUGACACUGAGGAUGAUAUGGAUCUGGAUGAUGAGGCAGAAGGUGAACUAGAUGAUAUCUGCCAUGACGACGAUAACGAGAUAGGCCUAGAUCCUGACUUUGAAUUUGCUAUGUUUUCCAACUAUGCCAUCGGCAGCAUGGGCCCUAGGUACAUUUACAACCUCUGUCUCAGUCUUUGA